UCUGUCUUGGCCAGAACUUGACUAAAUUCCAGUAAAAGCAAAACCAGGAGCAAGCUCCCCAGACUCCCCAACAGAAAGCACCAUACCCCUCGACCCACAAACGAAAUGGACGACCCAUCACCACCACCGCACCCCAAACCAAACGACGACUCCCAUUAUUCUUCCAGCGAAGAUACCAACUCCCCAGCCAGCAUAUCCCCCACCGAAAUCACAGUCGCCAUCUGCUGCGCCCUCCCCAUCGAAUCCGUAGCCGUGCGCUACACCCUCGAUGAAGAAUUCCACUGCCGCCCGCCGCGAUCCCACCCCCGCCAACACAGAUACGUCUUCUCAUACGGCCGCAUCGGCGAGCACAAGGUGGUGCUGGCCUGACCGCAUCAGAUCGGCCCCGUCAAGGCGGCCCUAUGCGCCGCGGCGGUGAGUCGGCUGUUCCCGACCGUGCGGUUCGCGCUGAUGGUGGGGAUCGGGGCGGGGAUUCCCGGCAAGCGGGAUAUCCGGCUAGGGGACGUUGUGGUCGGGGUGCCGAGGGAGAAUCAUCCGGGAGUGGUGGAGUAUGAUCUGGGGAAGUAUGAGAGGGAUGGGUUUCUGUUGAAAGGGUCGCUGAAUAAGCCGCAUCCCAUCCUGGUGAGUGCCGAUGGGGCGUUGUUGGAGGAGGAGAUCAUGGGGCGGAGGCCGCUGUGCAGAGUCCUGAGGGAGCUUAUGCGAAGGCCUGGGUAUGGACAGCCGGAUUUGGAGGAUGUUCUUUAUGAUUCGGCGUUUCAUCAUGUUAAUAAGGGGGAGAAUUGUCGGGCGUGUGAGGUGGCUGAUGAGAGGAAGGUCGUGGCUCGUCCGGUGCGUCCUGGUAAGCGGAAGUAUCCGGUUGUUCAUCGGGGGCUGAUACUGUCAGGUGGAGGCGUUGUCUCGAACCUGCAGGAUCGUGACCGUCUCCGCCGGGGCUUUGAUGAGGCGAUCUGUUUUGAUACUUCGGCGGCCGGCGUCGUGGACGAGAUCCCCUGCCUCGUGAUCCGCGGGACCUGUGACUACGCGGAUACGCACAAGCAAGACGGCUGGCAUCGGUACGCUGCUGCGGUCGCGGCGGCGUACUGCAAGGCGAUUCUGUGCAAGAAUGAUGGCCCGGAUGAGCCGGGGGCUGCAAUGGAGCAAAAUGCAAGCGAUGCGAUCGGGGAGUGUGAUUUCGCAAUUUCACGCCACCAUCCUCAGUCAGGCACUCCGCCCUGGUCGGAUGCCGCUGCGGUCAUUCCUCGUCGUUUGCUCCCGACUUCGGAGUUUACCUCAAGCUCACUGUGCCAGGACCCUGCAAUAUCGCGUGGACUGGCGGAUUGGUAUAACGACUCAGUUGAAUGCAUUGAGUAAUCGUGGAUUAGGGUCGAUGGUGUCGGAGGCGGCAUUGGGAAAAGGGUUCAGGGAACGUGGACCAAGACCCUUGUCUUCCUAGUGCGUAUAGUGUAUGUAUUUACUGGCGGACCAGGGCGGAGA